CAAUCACAGUGCGAGAAAAGCUCGGCAUGGCGACGGUGCCCUGUCUGCUGAUUUGCAACCCGCCGAAGCGGCGUCGGGGAAGAAGGAGAGCUUCGCUCGGUUCGCCAUGGACUGGUCCAGGAUCAGUAGGGUUUAAACUCGACUCUAACCAUAGAGCGUAACUGGGUUUGGUCGUCUUGUGAAGAAGCACCUUAUUUUGGUGGUACUUUGAAACUUAUCAUCUAGUGAAUGUUUUACACAAGAGCACAAAACAAUUCAAACAGAAGUCAAUAAUCUCGAAAAAAGACUGUGAAAAUGGAUCCGUCUACUGGAAUGCACAUGUCCACAGUUCCGCCAAACAGUGAUGUGGUUCAUGUGGCUGGAAUUGGGAAUCCCAUCAUAACCAUGUAUCAAACUCCGCCUCAGGCUCCAAGCAUUGCUCAGAUCAUUACACAGCAAGUCAUUCCACAAGAUGUCUCCUGUCAAGCUGUACCACAUACAGUUCCUUCACAAGUCCAGAUAUCAUCACAAGUCCAGGCUUCGAUGCAUGGACACGGACACGGUCAUGGUCGUGGUCAGUCACAAAGCCACGGGCAGUCUCACAGUCUCGGGCAGUCUCACAGCCAUGGCCAAAUGCAAACCCAUGUGCAAACGCAGAGCCUCGGGCAGCAGCAGAGCCACGGGCAGCAGCAGAGCCACGGGCAGCAGCAGAGCCACGGGCAGCCACAGAGUCUUGGGCAACAGCAGAGCCUCGGGCAGCUGCAGAGCCUACAGCAAAGCCUUGGGCAAACACAAAGCCACACACAACCACAAAGCCAUGGGCAACCACAAAGCCACAGUCAGCAACAAAGCCAUGGUCCGUCACAAGUCCACGCUAUAACACAAGGCACCUCAGAGACCCAAACUGUAUCAUCUUCUCAAGACGGGACCAUUCCUAACCUGCAAGUUCCUUUUGCAGAGGUCGCCUCCCUUCUGGAUCCUAACAUGAAGAGCUCAAAGGCCCGGAAGUAUCAAAUCCAUUAUGAGGAAGUUAAACGGAGGCUGGAGCCGCCUGAAAAGAUGUCCCUCAGGUCUUUGGCUGCCUACACUCGAGUGAGUCGAGGCCCAGCCAGUAAAAAAACUCUCCUGGAAUCGCUGAAUGUUUUCGGCCUUUCGCCAAGCACCAACACGGCAGUGUCCAGCUCCUUCUCCAAACUCACUGAGGGUGACACAGCAGCACUGUGCAAAGACAUGAAGGACUUUGCUUUACAGUAUGUGGAUUAUGAAAAUAUCGCAAAGCAGUUACUGCCUGAGACGAACCAGGUGCAGCACUGGUCAAAAAUAAUUGAAACAAGGAACUACCUUGAAGAAAUGCGGAAAGUUUUCAAAGACCCAGCGAACAGCCGUCUGUUUUCCAAUGUCACACACGGCCUUGGCAAUGGCAUGAUGGACGUAGCACUUGACAUUAUUGAUGAUGUCAUUGACCGGCAAAUCCGCAUCCUCUCCGGAAACACAGAUCCCAAGCCUGAACCACCGUCUCGGAGGAUCCGAAAACGCAUCCGCAAACCCAAAGCCGCUACAGAAGAUGGCAAGCCGAAAGAGAAGGGCAAAAGAGGAAGGAAGAAAGGCAAACAGAUGCGGUUAGAUCCUGCUGUACCACAGGUUCCACAGUCCACAGACAUCGAGAGCAGUGUUCUGACGCUGGUAUCUGUGGGGUACGAGACUAUAUCAAGUGGCCUCGGUGCUCCCAGUGCAGGCCUGGCAUAGUCUUGAGUCUGAGGGAUGCUGAGAGGGUGUGCAUGCGGCGUACAGGUUCUUUAUAGAGCACAUUUUAGUUUUGUAUUGUUUCUUUUUCAUGUAGAAUCUCUUUUGGAUAUCUGAAACUGUGUUCUGGUUUUGAAUCAUAACAGCUGUAGAUAAUGAAGUCAGUCUUUAAACAGUUCAUUUGAUACGGAAAGGAUUUAUAUGAACAAGAAUGGUUCAAUUGAAAUAGGCCUUUUCAUAUCUUCCAUUCAUAUUUCUUUUAUUAUUUCUGAGUGAAGAACAAACAUACAGAACAUAAAUCACAUAAAAGGACAGAACGUGUUUGUUCAAUUCGGAACAUGGUAAUGAAGGUAAAUCAUAAAACCCUUGUCUAAAACAUCAUUUAAAUACAAAAUGUAAUAGAAUAGAUGAACAAUUUAAUUUCAGUAUGCCAUAUCGUGUAUGUAGGAUGACAGACUUCUUUUUUUAUUCAAGUUGCGAAUUAUUUAUAUAUUUUCCUUGAAUCUAUACUUGUGUUGUACUGAACAACUAGUGAAUACAACUGUAAUCUGUAUUUAGAAAAGUGCUUUGGAUUUUUUCUGUGCAUUAAAAAUGUACAUUUUUUAAUGAUU